AUGUUUGGAUAUCCAGAGACAGAAAGAUUAGAUGAGAUAGCGAGGGUCAGAACAGAAGGAGAAGCAUCUCCUCAAAUGGGAAGGAAGCAUUUUUAUGGUCCAACAUCUGGGACAGCCUUAAACACAGUAACCCCUUGUGCUGCAUGCAAGCUUUUGAGAAGAAGGUGUGCUGAAGAAUGCCCUUUUUCUCCUUAUUUUUCACCACAUGAGCCUCAAAAGUUUGCAGCCGUUCACAAAGUGUUUGGUGCAAGCAAUGUCUCAAAGAUGUUAAUGGAGGUGCCAGAGGGCCAAAGAGCUGAUGCAGCAAAUAGCUUGGUUUAUGAAGCUAAUUUGAGGCUGAGAGAUCCAGUGUAUGGAUGCAUGGGUGCAAUAUCAGCUUUGCAGCAACAAGUUCAAUCUCUGCAAGCAGAAUUAAAUGCAAUAAGAGCUGAGAUAAUAAAAUACAAAUAUAGAGAAGCUGCAAGUCUUAUUUCUUCUCAUCAUGCAGCUUUGGUUUCUACAGCUGAAGCAGUAUCAGCAGCAAUUUCUACAGACUCACAAGGUCUUUCUCAACCUCUUCCUCCUCCAUCCCCAGUUCCUCCUCCUCCUCCUCCACCAAAACCAUUACCUUCUCCUUCUGUUAUUCUCUCAUCCUUGUCUUCAUCUUCAACUUCUUCUGUGUACACUCCACCUAAAAGCACAAUGAGCCAUGGAUCCAUUUCCAGUACUGAAAAUGUCCCAUACUUUGUUUAG